AUGCGUGUUAUUUUUCAGGUCAUGUGUUCAUCAUCACUCGGAAGCAUCUGUCCUCUCCCUCCGAGAAAACCCUGUUGACCUUUCUUCCUUCUUUAUGUUCUUGUCUUCCAGUUCUUAACUUCUUUCUCUACCCUCCCCACCGCAACUAUCCACCGAACGUAUCAACGAAAAAAAUCUUUGUGAAAUACGUAAUUUUGUACCGGAAGCAAGUUCCGGUUUUGAGGAGAAUCCUGGGACCGGGACGUUUGAAGAUUGAUUUGAAUCAGAAACAAUGGAGGACGAUUUCAAACUGCGAUGGCACUCGCAUCAUUCGGAGACGUUCUCAGCGUUCGUGAAUCUUCGGAAUCGUCAUGCGUUCACCGAUGUCACGUUGUCCUGCGGCGACGGGUCGAUCCGCGCUCAUAAACUUAUAUUAUGCGCCUGUAGCGCCUAUUUCGACGGCAUCCUAAGCGAAAUCAAUGAAACGCGCUUCCCUGUGCUCAUUUUUCGUGACGUCAGUUUCAACUUGCUGCAGUUGGCCGUCCAGUUCAUGUACAAUGGUGAAGUUGAAGUACCGAGCUCGGUUCUACCAGAGUUCAUCAGGUUCGCGGAGAGUUUAGAGAUCCGAGGACUGAAGAUGAACCAGGAACGGACGACAAACUCUUCCGACGACCCGUUUGACCCGCAAACGGCGCUAUCUCGUAUCCAAGCCUUUAGGAACACGUUCAUGAGCUCAUUUCCCCAAGUGAGCAACUUGCCUUUCAUGAUGGCGGCUCAACAAGGCUCAGAUGGUCUGGGCAACGUGAACGUCUUGGCUGCUGCCGCCGCCGCUGCCGCCAUGAACCACCAGUCUGGCGGGAAGCGAAGGAAGAAUCCGAACCCAGUGUCGACGUCUCAAUCUCAAGAAUUUAGUUCGGACAACGCGGACUGGGCCGGCAACCAGCCGAAAGCCAUUCCUUUGUUGAAAAACAUCGCACCCAGCCCACCCACCGGCAACCCGUCGGAACCCGAAGACGCGACGAACAAUUCGAGUCAGCCGGAGAACGGCGAAGAUCGUUCUCCUCAUCCUGUGGAUUGCGAAAGAAAGCAGAACGAAGAAAACGUAAGUGGGGAAGACAGAAGCGAGAAUGAUGACAGAGGGCCUGCAAGCAAUGACGGUCCACAGAAGGGACUUAAGCAUGAAUUCGUCGAAGAUUUGACGAUGCCGGUGCAUGUGAGAGUUGAUUACGACGGCGACGAUGGAACGUAUCAAUCCGAAGACGGAAUGACAGGCGAAAAUAUGGACGAAGAGACGAAUGAGAGCUGGGGCGACGAAGAAGGGUAUUACAAGCAGGACAUGAAGGGUUUCCUGGCGCCGUCGGGACCCAACAGCAAUGCAAGUGCGGGCAAUGUUGACGCCCCGGCCCCGGACGCCCCUUUGCACAUACCGCCUGAGAUUUCGCCGACGCUGCCGGUGCGACGCCUGGGCUCGUGCAUUUGGCAAGGUGUGACCGGCGUGGGUCGCAAGCACUACUUCUGCUCCCAGUGCUCGUACAACACGUACGCCAAGUCGUCCAUCAUCAACCACGUCCGUCGACACACGGGCGAGCGUCCCUAUGGCUGCCAAUACUGUCCCAAGACCUUUACGCAGCUCGCCUCCGCCAAUCGUCACAAACUCACGCACCUGAACCGCAACAACGCCGCCGCUGCUGCAACUGCCGCCGCCGCCGCUGCUGCUGCUGCCGUCGUCACUCCUGGCUCGGGAUUCGACGAUCCGAUCAACCGAGUGGACAAGUAUAUUUGGCGUGGACGUACGAUUCAAGGACGCUGGGUGUACUUCUGUGGGAUUUGCAUGUUCCGAUCGCCGUCAAAGGGGAACAUGAUUAAUCACUGCAGGAUCCACACUGGGGAGAAGCCGUACACGUGCGACAUCUGUCAAAAACGGUUUUCGCAACAAGGCAACAUGCGUCGUCAUCGUAUCACGCACAUGAACCUGAAGUCUUCAUCUCCUCAGCCGUUUCUGAAUCCUUUCGUGAUGCAGUCCACAGCGCCAUCUACGGACAAUCCGUUCGUCACGCCGCCGUAACCCGAGUGUUUAAUAACAUUUUAGAACACAAAAGACGAAGGAAUUCCAACGAGGUGAGAGAGAAAGAGAGUGAGAGUGAGAGACUGGAAGCAAUAGCCACGAAAUUUCAAAGCAAGCGAGUAAGUUUGCAAAACCUGGGAGGGAGGCAGGAAAUUGAUGAUGAUGCUGAUGUGGGGGAAAAGAAAAAGAAACUGCGAGGAUUUUACUUCGGGAACGGUGCAUUAAAAAAAGGGAAAACACGCGUUUUCCGUCCGCAGUGAUUUUUGCUAUGUCGAGUGUAGGGAACUUUGCGGCCAUAUUCUGAAAAAGAAGGAAAUUUUCGUGGAUAAUCAAAUCCCCGAUCCCGAGCUGUACAAAGAAAGCGAACAAGACUAAUUAUUUUUUUUUUCGUUCGUGGAAAGGUUUCUCAUUUGUUGGGCCCUCAUGUGCCUUUCGGUGUCAAAACACCCUGUUCUGGCAACCCUGGCGUUUGUUUGUUGAUCAGCACUUCGUCGUGGAUUUAAUUUAGGAAGAAGAAACUUGCGAAGAAUUUCUCAAUCAGUCUUGCGAGUCGCCGACAAAUUUUUCAUUGCUGGCCACUGAAACGUGGUUGUCAAUUUUGAAUCAUCAUUAUUUUUUUAAAUAUUGAACAGGAUGUCAGGCGAGGGUUUAUUUCAUUGCAGACAGGUGAAGUAGAGAUGCAAUCAAAAAUUAUGUGAUGGACCCACUGUAAUUGAGAAGUUGGCGUUCUCUAGUUUUUUUUAGUCAAUGAUCCUACGAAAUGUUUUGACAUAUUCUACAAUAUUUGUUAAACUCACAGUUGGCGAAUUUUCAUAUAUUUUCAGGAACCUUGCACUGAAACGAUACUUCUGAAAGGGAACAUUUCAAACGUGAGAUUUAUUCCUGAACAAAUUUCCCAAUAUUUUUUUCCGAAGAAGUCAUGAUUUUCUGCAUAGAAAUGGAUGCAAUAUUUUGUUACAGAUUGACAGAAAAGGUGCUUGAAAAAAACUAAUCGUCAUGUUUCACCUGGCUGCAGUGGUAAUUCGUGAGAAAUCCGUGAGACUUUUUGAGAAAGCCCUCCGGCUCCUGGUUCUAAUUUUCUUAUUUUAGGGGUUUCUUGGAAAUGAUUUCCAAGUGUUCAAAAAUUGGGAAGAGGUUCCCGGGGAAGAAAAGAAAAAAAAUUGAAUUCUAGGGUUGCUGGAUCAGUGAGUUUGAAAUCUGACCUGGAGUCGGCUUGGUGGAUGAGAGAACCUGAAACGAUGGUUUUAUUUUGUGGUUUUUUUGUUUUUGUGGGGAAGAUUUUUGAGUGUAAAUGGGGAUGGAAGAGUCUUUCCGAAGGGAACGAAUCCGAGAUACGUAUCGAGUCUGCGUUAUUGUGGAAAAGGAAAAACGUCGAGGUCCGUCUCGGUCGUUUUUCUUUUUGUGUUCGAGCUUCUCUAUGAGUUUUUUUUUUUUUUUUUGUGUUUCGGACUCUCUGGUGUUUAUGAAUCUCGGAAGACGCAUUUUGUUUUCACCCCGCUUGUCGCGUGCCAAAUCUUUUCGGGAACCGAUAUACGUACGAGUGCCAGAAGGUUUUUUGGAGUUACGAAACUUGGGCAAAUGAGGAUUUAUAUAUUAUAUAUAUUUUGGAGAAAUCGCGGAAGCUACUGGACCGAGGCUCGAGGAAACGAACCCACUGAAUCGCAUUUUUUGCUAGCUCUCCGGCUCAAGGUGUUUUUUGCUCAUUGGGAACAAAACGUUGCGGGGGGUAAUAGUAGUAGAAGAAGGAAAAGAAGAAGGAAGAAAGACUGAAGAAACCGAGGAGUGAUUCUGGAAGCAGAGAACGUGAUUUUUGUGUCAACGAAUGUAUCCGGAGCCGCACAAACCCCGGCUUGCUGUUCUCCUUCCAGUGCCUGUUGUGUUUUUUUUUGUUUGUUUGUUUUCGUGGUGCUUUUUAUGAUCUGGGGGAAACGAAUAGGCUGUUGCUGGAGUCUCUGAGCGUGCUCUGUGUGCGCGGGGAGAGCGGAUCGAGUGUACAUAAGGACGGAAUCGGUUUUUUUUUGGUUUUUUUUUUGUCUGUGUUUGGAUGAUGCCAUAUUUUAACAGGGACACGCGACUCCUGGCGGUAGUUGGGCUUCGGUUUUUAAUUUAUUGCCUGCUUCUCUCAUUGGUCUUUCCGGGGACACGUCGCGGGAAAUCGACGGAGGAAAUAUAAAACUUUGUUUCUCAUGUUCUCUCCUUUUGAACGUUUCCGAGUCCUUCAAAAGUGCUGCUAUUUUGUACCCCUCUACUGUACCUUCUCCUUUUUUGGUAAUUGGAAACUGGGAAUGGGACACGAACGUUUUGUGUCUCCUCCUGGUUUCUAUCGUUCUUCUUCUUUUUUUUAUAUUAAAUGUCGUGAAGGGAAUUCUCCAAUUGCCAAUUUCCACUCUUCUCUCGGGUAGGUUGACUUAAAUGUCGUUAAUCUUGAAGAAAAAUUCCGUGUUGGUCGUUUCUUCGAUCUGUUGACGAGCGAGUUUAUUUCGAGUUUUAGGAAGUUCAAAUUUUUUGCACGUGCCCGAAGUCUCUACGGGUUAUGUUCGCAUUCAUUGCGUAAUUUUCAAUUCCUCAAUUGAUCUUUUUCAAGUCUCAAUUGAUGAAAUGUGUCGGGCUUCUUCUUAAUUUGAAGAGGGAAGAAGUAUUUCCUUGCGUUUCGUUCUCGAAUAAAAAUAUUUCCGUUUUUUCCCGGGAAAUUCCGUGAAAUUUUUCUUCGCAAAAAUUAACUUACUCGUAUAUUACGAAAGGGCUAAUUAAGAUACUGUACUGUUCUAACUUAUUGAGGGC